AUGUCUUGCACAAAGUGAUCACUUCGAAGUUUGACGACAAAAUCAGCAAACGUAAUGAGUAGUUAUACAUCGCUGUUGUUGGAGCUAUCCAACAGCUUAACCACUACGAACCUGCAGAAGCUUAAAUUCCUGUGUGGAGAUGUCAUUCCUGCCGGUAGAUUGGAGAGAAUCAACCGAGGAAUCGAACUUUUUGGCGUUUUGGAACAACUUGACAUGCUAUCAGAAGAAAACAGAGAUUUCUUGGCAUCUAAACUGAUUGCUGUCAACAGAAAUGAUCUAAGAAACAAACUUUUAGGAAUACAAGGUAAGUUAUAGCUCAAGCCAGUAAUCUAAAGAGGUUUUCCGUAUAACCUAUACGUUUAUUAUGUAUGCAGCAAUUUCUUAUUUUUCUAACAAAUAGUUUAAUAUGAAUACAGCUGUCGAAACAUGCAUGCACAACAAAUGUAAGGGGUUAUACGGAAAUCUUACCCCUUAUUAACGCUCUGAAACUUAUCUUAGGGAAUAACCUUUCGAUGCAGCUGACUUAAUCAAUGUUACUUUUUAGUUGUUCGUUUUAUUUAGUACUUCAUAAUAUAAAUGGGAGAGAAUUAGUUUUUGUACAUAUUAGUUUGAAUUAUUAUUAGGUCAUGCCCAGACAGGGGUACAUGUACUUUUUUUAAAGUUUAUAUAUUUUCAUAGUUUUAGCACUCUCACCAGUUGUGUUUAAGGGGCUGUUUUGAUGGAGGGGGGAAGAUCCCAGCACCAGGAAGAUCCUUGAAGGUGGAUCAUCAUAGUGCUAUGUGUUUUUUGCAUUCAGUUUACAUGCCAAACUUUAUACUUGUCUCUAGCACUAGGAUCUUCCUUAUACUAUGAUAUUUGUAGCUGAGAACAGAGGUUGGAAGAUCCUAGCAUUAGGAAGAUAUUGACAAUUAGCACGAUGUAAACUACCUUCACUUAAGAAGAUCCUAGCCUGCAUAAUAGGUACUUUAUAUUAAGUGAGGUGAAUAUGUUAUUUCAUGCAAAGUGUGAGACAAGUGCGAAGCGUAAGAUGAGAGGAGGAGGAAAACUAAAUAGGCCGUUUCCAGUCCAUUGUUCUGGCCCUUCCACCCACCUAUGCUCACAAGUAUUGACUGAUCAGUGUUGUCCCUAAAUUUUAGCUCAGCAGGUAAGGGACCAUUCAUAGCUGGUAAGGCAAAAAAUAUGCCCCAGAGGUGCACGUUCCUGAGAGGAAGGGGGUAGUGGAGUGAGGGACAUGGCCCCACCCUAGUAGGAGCUAAGUUCUUGGGCAUAUCAUUCCCUCAUUUUAAGACCUAUUUUAUGCAAAUUGGCCAUUGUUAUCUUGAGACAACAAUUUAAAAACGUUUGACCCAAUAAUCUUAUUUGUCUUCAAUGUUCUUACUCUGUCUUCACUGCUGAUGACAAUAACAACACGAUCCAUUAUUUGCGUGAAAGCUGUCACCGUUCUGGCUACCAGAGGGUGCGCUUACAGUAGCAUAAACCACGGGAAGCGAUAUUACUCUUUUAGUGGAUGAAACACCUCUAAAUGUAAGACCCAGUGCAGCAUAAAUAAGAUUCUUUUUCUGUUGCUACAUUUAUGAAUUUAAUCUUCUUCCUAGUAGCUUUUGUCACCUCUUUUUAAGUAGUAUUCAGGUUCACCAUUAUGAAACGCAACAAGCCUCUCAGUAUAGACCUUAUUUUUGUAAAACGAAUAUUGCAGUUCAGUAUCCUUUAUUGAGGACCAACAAUCUGGAAUUCUUUGCCAAUUUCACUGACCAGCUCUUCUUCCAUAUUAAUUUGUUUUUAACAAAAUCUGAAAAAUUAUCUCAUUGAUAGUCAUUCUGUCACCUAGCGACUGAUCAUUUAUUACAUCGCAGGGGGAGGGGGGUACAAUUUUCAAAGAGGCGUAAUUUUGGGGGAUCAAUUUGAAAAUGCACAAAAUGUGAGGGGGUUCGAAAUUUUAAAACACAGGACUUGCAAUUUUAUGUCAAAGUUGACAAACGUAUAUUAUUAUUGAAGCAAUUCCACGUUUCCUUCAAUAGUAGACAAAAAAAUUUGCUCCAGCGGUUCUUUCCCAGCAACAAAAUUUUACCCAUAUAAAGCUUGGCUCAGGAACCUAACAACUAUUUCUACUACCAGGAAUGUAGCGUGCAUGUACGCACAUAUGCAUAUGGCUGUGCGUGCUGAUGUCUGGGAAAAAAAAAUCAUUUCCUGAAAGCACUUUUAGCAUUAAAUUGGGAUGACUGAUAAAUAUUGCGCAUUUUAGUGGUGUUUUUGUGUUAGGAAUUCCUUUAUCCUUUUACUCAUUAAGUGGAGUGAAAUGGAUCUGAAUGUGAAGCCACACACCUUGGUUGAGACUUUUGACCAAGCCAACUCCAAUUCUAUUCUGGAGUAUAUGUAGCCCUUGUAAUGUUGUUGGCUUAUCCUCUGUCCGGAACAUGCACAGCUGAGCAUAGCUUGAGAGGUAUGAAGAGACUGCAAACUCCUUUACGAAGGACCAUGACAGACAAGAGAUUGAGUUCUCUUGCAAUUUCUGCACAUACACAAGCACCAGGACUUUCUUGAUAUUGAUGGCCACAUUACAGCAGAGUUUGCCUGUCUGAAGGGUACACAUCUCGCCCUUUGCUUGUAACUUCCUUUAUGGCGUCACUGUUUUACCCUUUUUUGCUGUAAACACUUUACCUUACUGAUAACACUAGUACUAGAGAUGGGUAAAAUAAACGAAUAAUUACUGAAUUUUCCUUUGUCUUCAUUUAAUGAAAAUGUCCUGCAGAAAACGCAGGAAAUGGCAUUUCAGAUACCCUAAACUUCCCUGGGUGUGGGGUGCACUCAGCAUUCUAAUUUGUCUUCCUUGCAGUGGAAAGUUACUGCAACAAAACACAUUUUUGAAAUAGGGGGUAAAAGUGGAGUAACUCUGCUGAAGUACCCUGGAAAAAUAAGUUUUAAAGAAAUAAAAAAUUUCCCAACUCUGAUUUAAUACUUCUUUAGACUACUAUACUAGCCAUUGUGAGGUAAAAUAAAAUCAAACCGAUACUCCUCAAGUUUCAGUUUUUUUAAAGCUUUUUUAAUGUACAGUUUUACUCUCAGUAUACGCAAUAGCAUGAUUUGUAGUGAUAUUUGGCAUAAAUACCACAGUAAUAUUUCGAAAUUGUUAUAAUAAAUUCAUGAGCCGGUAGGCGAGUGGAAUUUGAGAUAAUUUUGAAAUAUCAGGAGUGGUAUUUAUGCCAAAUAUCAUGUUAUGCUAUUUUUGUUUAUACUACUACCCGCAAAGGUUUUGUAAUUUUCACAUGUAGGUAUUUCGAAUUAAGCUGAAAUACCACUCCUCUAAGCCAAUCAAAUUGCAGAAAUUUCUCAUGUAGUACUUAAUGUAAUUCAAGUCAGUGUAAUCAACUUACUGAAAGUCUGUUUAAGAUGAACACACACAUGAAUAAAAUCUUUAAGACCACCUUUUUCACUUAACAUAACAUUUGAAGAAUUACAGUUUGUAACUCAGGCUUCUCGGUUUUGAUUGUUCUCAGAUAUGUGGUUAAUAUCACAAGUGACCUAGCCCCAGUUGAUCAAAAGCUGGAUAUCGCUAUUCUCUUGAUAAAUUAUUUUCCAGUAGACAAGUAUUUGGGGAACCAAUUUAUUGCAUUAUCCACUGGAUAGAGAUUUAUCCUGCAGAAAGCUUUUUUUACCUUUUGAACUUGACUGGUGCCUGGAAAACUUUAUUCGACCAUUAUUCAAAAAUUUGUAGUCUUGCGACGGGGUUGCCAUCACACAAGCUGCCUAACUAAAUAAAAUUAAAUUAAAUUAAAAGUAGUGACGUUAAAAAAAUUUUUUACAAAAGAUAAAAUGGAUAAAAAUUCCACAGCAUCAAUCAUUAUGCAAUAUUAAAAUCCAUCAUUGACUAUAAGCCUCAGCUCCUGUAUGUCUUAAAAUUGCCCAAUAACCUGCUGCAGAGGCUCUAUCAUUUACAGAAUGUGGCUGGGAGGCUGAUCUGCAAUAAAAAUAAUUAUGAUGGACUUUUGAAAGGUUUUCCAUUGUCUGCAUGAGUGGCCAGUAACUUGUAAUAUUUUCAUGCUUCUUAUGGCCCAAACUCAUCUUGCACCUUUCUAUUUCCUAAAUUAAAGAACUUUAAAAUAGGAUUGAUUUUAUUAUUAAAUAAGGUGAUUGUUAAAAUCCCUGAUUUGUAUGACAUGUUGCCAAAUUUUGUAUCUAGUUUUUGUAAAGGAAAAGUACAACUGUACAGAGAAACAGCAACAAGCAGUGGUAACCAGCCAGAGCUGUUGAGUCCUUUUUUGUCUGACAGCUAUGCAUCACUAAUGAACCCUUAGAAUGAGGAUGAAACAGCUGUCCAUGGCUGCCACUGCUCAGGUUAUUAUACAGGUGUAACUAUGCUGUUGCAUAAGGUAUAUGAACAUCUGAGUUGUGUUAAGUGACACCCCUUUCCUUUCCUUUCCUUUAGUCUUCUGCCAAUACAAUAGUGCAUCAUAGGGUUUUUAUUCCAACAGAUGGUGCUGAACUUACUGCCCGUGCUGUUUGCAAGGUCACAAGAAGAAAUGAAAAAGAGUUGGCAUCAGCUACGGAGAUCAUGAAAAUCCAACAGGAACACAAAGAAGGGAUGCAAGAGUUGGCAUUAGUACCUGUUACCUCAUUACAGCGGCAAUCAUCAGCCACAACAGGUAGAAAGCACUGAAAACUGAAGGGGGCUUAAAGUGUUGAACAACUUGAUCAAAAUAAUGAUUUUUGUUAUGGCUAAAAUAAUUUUUGGGCAAUUUUUUUUUUGCUUCUUGUGCCCUCUGGGGCCAGCAUUGUAGGUAAAGAAAAGUUGGGGUGGUAAAAAAGGACAGAAAAUGCUCCUUGAAAUGACCCAGGGACUAGUUAGAUGAAGUGUGAAUUUUGUGCAGUUGCUUCCUGUGUUCCAAGAGAAAAUCUCGCACUGAGUCUUAUGCUGCUUCCACAGCUUCAUGUGACAUUAGGGACUUGACAGGAAUUAGCAGGGGGGAAACAGAGUCAGGGUCACAACUUUUUGAGACUCAGUAAAGGGAGGGGUCAUGAAAAAUGGGCCGUGAAAAGGGAGAGGGUCAUGCAAAUGUAUGCCCAUGAUCAUGUAGAGGUUCACCUACAGAAGAAAGAGGAAGUCUUUUAUUCAGUAAAAUAAAAAACAAAACAAAAAAACAAGAACAACGGAUCAUUAUGGAUAUAAACUGUGAAGUACUAUUGCAAGAACUUAACAAAUAUCUGCUUUUCAUUUAUAACAAUGCUAUGGACCAGCUGGUGACUGUAUGAAGGCCUUUGUUACCAACCGUAAAGAACAGCAGUUCUUUUUCAAUACCGAAUAUAUUCAGCAAUACAGUGCUGCAAAGUUAGAGACGAGAAAAGUAAAAGUCCCAGGACACAACUAUUUCAAAGAGUUAGAUGACUUCAUAGAUCGAACCAUGUAUGAUUACUGGAGAAAUGUUUCACGAGUAUCGUGAAAAUGGGUCCAGUGCCAGACAUCAACACACUUCCAAAGUAUCACUAUCUGCCUGUUGUAGAAACACCCAUCACAAAUACAGAGAAUGGUAAAAGAAGAGAAGUGGAUGAUUAUCACCCUAGAGCACUUUCAAAGCAAGUCCACAAAAAGAAUGAAAUCAAUAUUGAGGAAGUGCAAGUGUUCAGACCUUUUGCGACAGAUACAUUGUUAAAGAAAGUGUUGUGAAAAAAUGCCCAGAACAUUGAAAUCAUUUAGAGAUGAUGAGUGAGAAGAGAAAAAUGGAAAGGAAAAAAAGAAUUUGAAAGAGAACACUAUGUCUUCAUGAGGAAUUUGACUGGGUGGAAAUGCUGAAUAGUGGAACACUAGCAAAACAGCGUGUAUGUGUUCUGGUCAAAUACAUCCAUAAACAUAAUUUGCUUGCAGUGAAAGGUAAAAACAAGCUACAGAAAGUCAAUGCUAUUAUGGAUCACUUACGGUCAUCUGCCUAGAGCACACCAACAAACAAAGCUCCCGCAGUGUGGAAGAGGUGGAUGAUCAUGAUGAAUGUGAAGUAGAUGAAGGGGAUAAGGCAUUACCCACUUGGCCUAGUGAUGAAGACUUUGUAUCGAGAGAAACAGGAGAGUCGAGUGAUCAGCUGUCAGAAUCAAAGUUGGACUCUUAAUGCUGUCAUCUAAAAUGUGUGUAAACAGCAUUACGAAGAACAGAUGAGAAAUAUAUUUUGAGUUUUCAUAAUACUGACUCACCCUAGUGUAUUGCAAGAACUAGAUUUUAUCAUUUAUACAAGAGGGGGAGGGUCAUGAUAUUUUAGGCCAAGCUCAAUGGAGGUCUAGCAAAUUUCACUCCCAUUGCAGGGAUAGGUCACCUCAUUUCCGAACCCAAAUUUAAAAUUUCCAUCCCCCCCUCUCCCCUCUGCUAAUUUCUGACAAGUCUCUUAUGUAGACAAAGCGAAUGAUUGCAGAAAAUUCACACUUCAUCUUUAAAAUAAUAUUAAGAGCAAAGUUUUUUAUGCAACCUGGCCUUGGGCUCAGAUUUUCGUAGGUGUCCUAAUCUAAGAUUUCUCGUCAGUGUUGUUUCUUAAUAACCCUGCUGUUAAUAGUGCUGUUUUGUCGAUGGUUUACCUGGUUACAUCUGUAAUGUGAUUAAUCUUGUUUCAUGUGAUCAAUGUCAAGUGUACUGCUAGAACUCGAAUGGCAAUAGGUAGCAUAUUUACAGUGAUAUAAAUGCAUUUGGAUUUUUCUGUCAGUGAGACAGGCAACUUGGUCAUUGUGGAGACUAGUAACUAGGAAGGUCAUAAGUUCUAAUCCUGCCGGGAAAGCUCAUGUUUGUUUUUCCCAAUCUCCUGUUCACUGACUGAAAAGUUCACUGGGCUUAAAAUUCACCAUCAGAUUUAUUCCAGGGCCAGGGCUUUUUAGAUUCUACCCUACAAUUUUUUAGAUAAUUACCAGUAGUUCCACCUACAUUCUCGUACAAAAUUUAGUUUUUACAGAAGACCUUUUGGAAUUGUGCCUAUGCCAUUGGUAGUUGUAGUUGCUGUUUUUGUUGAUUUUUUUAACUAGCAUGAUCAUGAAAAAAUUCUUCAAUACAACCUUGAUAAGAUGUUCAUGGCCUGUAGGGGAGGGAGAAGGGAAGUAGGCAGACUGUGUACAUUAAAUGUGGUUAGUUGCAGGUACGUAGGUAUACAGCUGUAAGAGAUGUGAUAACCAGGGGAUAACUAUAAAUGUGGCCCAAAUGCAUUGCAAUAUUAUUGUGGUUGUCAGGAAUAAGCCAUUGGCAAACAAAUGGAAGCAUUUAUUUAUUUUUACUGCAGUUGUCAGAAGUAUAAUUCCUCCCUUUUAGUGAAUCCUUAUGAAAUUUAGACAACAAUAGACCUACCGGUAACUUGCACAAGAAGGCAAAAUCCUAUAAAGCAUUCUGGUAGUUACUAUAUGGCAGUAAUGAUGAUAAUGACCAAUGAUGACAAUUCAGAAGGUCUCUUUUCUAUUGUGCAGGCAAAGAUUACCGUACGUGAAAGUGACACGAAAAAAAACUGAGCACCAAACAAUACAAUCAAUCAAUCAAUCUUUGAUUAUCAGUGCUCCUGGUACAUACAGAAAAAUAGUUAAAUGUUAACACUUAACAAAAAAAGAGAGUGCAGCCACUUAGAAUAUUAGCAAAUGCUGCUGCGGUAAGUGAUUGUUUAGUUCUUCGGAACAUUGCUUUUGUUAUAUGUAGUCUGUUCCAAUAGAUACAGAAGAACUCAAUUUUGAAGAUCCCCGUCACAUUUUUUUAAUCUUGCAGUUUAUCUUGAUGUACAUAUUGACUGCGAUUCGAUCACUGGACCUGGACUACCAGGAAGAGGCGUUCCGUCUGCACAAGACGUUUUAGAUUAUAUAAGAUUCAAGUUCUUUAAAUCAGCUGGUCCGCGUGAACUGGAAGAGGUGAAGAGUGAGGAGCAGAAAGUGCAGUGUAGCGGUGCGACUACCAGUCUGGAAGAAGAGUGUUCCCCUGUCAUAGAACCUGGUCCACAAAAGAAAGGUACAACAGUGGGCCAUGGCGAUAGUGAAAAUGAAAGCAUAUUCUCUGCAAAGUUGGGGGAUCUUCAACGUAAAUUGGAAGUGGAAGAGACAACAUCGCCAUCUACUUCGCUUCCCACAGGUGCUGCCCAGGAGGUUUUGGAUAGAAUUGCUACAACGUACCUUCAGCAUGUGAAACCAUCAUCACCAGAGGAGUUCAAUGGUUUUAUAAAGUAUAUGAAAGAAGUUCGCGAAGUUUUAAUUGCUGAUGUUAAAACAGGAAGCAUAAUAAUCACAGUAGCGUGUAGCUCUCUCGGGAACUUGGAUGAAUUGUGGAAAGCCUACUGCAUAGGUUACCUAAACGAAAUGGUACAGUUUCUAGUAACACGGGAUGUUCUGACAAGAUUUGGUCUAACCGAGGUGAAACUUAUAACUACCAUCGUGAAAGAAGAGUAUGAAGCUUGUCGAGCGGUGUUCUUAAAACAAGGUGCAGGUGGGUAUAUUCUAUGGAUACUUUUAACUUCUUUUUGUAGGUUAUGAUACUUAAUAGAAGUAAGGUAAAAGGUGUUCGUGGAUCCUGAUGUUAGCGGCAGAAAUAACCUCAGUGCAAUCGUGUCUCCGGUUCUUUUUCAAAAUUUUUUAGGUUAUUCAGGAAGUGUCAGGCCCGCCGGGGUCAACGAUUUAUCCUAAAGUAUUAUAAUAUCACGGUUUUGGAAUAAGAGAUAGGAUUCAGUUGAAUUGGGACAAUUGUAUUGGAAACAUUUUUAAAUAUAAAGUAGUAUUUAAAUUUUGUAAUUUGUCACGUGACGGUUUUUCCCGAAGGCUUUUUAAAAACAUUGUCUAGAUGAAACGAAAAGGUUUUCUUGAUGUAUGUGAUUUGACUCUGGUCUAUGAAGUUGUCUACUACCUUUACUGUUUUGCCUGUAUGUCUAUUGGGCGAAGGGGUGGGGGGAUAGCUAAAAGAUGGUAGGCAUGCUGCCGUUCUUGUUUUGUAGCUCUAUUUUUCAUAGUUUUAAAAAGAGAGAAACGCAAAGUGGAAACGACUAUUUUAAUGAAAUACGUGAAACUUGGUUGGCAUAUAGCCGGCGUAAAUAACGGAACGAAAUCGAACCAAAAAUCAGUCAAACUCAAUCGAACCAAAUCGAUCGGAUUGUGGUUCGACAGGGUUCGGUAAUCGAACAUAAUCGAACUGGAACAAGCUCGGAACCUUUCGGUGAAUUCGUUUAAUCGAACUCCUGAGUUCGAUUACCGAACUCAAUCGAACCAAUCGAACUUAAUGGACGCGAUUUGUUCGAUAUUAAUAGGCAGAAAGACAAAACGGUUUAAAAAUCAGUCACCUUAAGGUGUUGAAUCCAAAAGAUUUGCCUCUGAGGCAGGUAUCAAAACAUAAGGACAUUUCAAUUGACUAAAAUCUUUAUUGUUAAAGUAAUCAAAAAAUUCAUAGUUGAUACUGGAAGUGCUUAAUGAUGUUAGCGGGCAUGAGACUUACACUUUGACUUCGACAGUCAAUGGGCAACGCACAGGCAUCAGUUCACGUUGCAAAGUCUAAGCUGUCCGGGCCGCCGCCAUUGCCACUUUUUCUCUACCUCCCCUUUUUUCUUACUAAUAAACUUUUCGGCGGAAACGACGGCAAAAGAUCAGAGCACUCUUGAUAACCUUUAACCAUCAGUAACGACCAUCGCUUCCAGAAUUAUUAAAUUCACGCUGGGUUUCAUGAUUUCCGCUUUCUCCGACAUCUUGCCUGUAUACUCGUGUUCGAAAUUGAAGCUUACACACAACUUAUUCCAAGUAUGUGUACAUAAAUUUUUAGGCUACAAUGGAGGACAAAAUUCUUAGGACAAUUAACACGAUCUGCCUUAAUUUUUCCCCCUUUCCCCCUCUCCGCUGAGCAAUUUUGUAGUUUGUGCACCCCUGUAGACUUUACCCAGUCCUAAAAGUGUUUCUUCAUCCCAACAUUGUUUGGAGGGGAGAGGGGAGGGCCAGUCGCGGUAUCCAAGUGGUUAGAAAAGUGUACAUUAUGCUACAUCUGAACAUUUUGAUAAGUUAAGGAUGUGGAAGGAAGGUUUUCCAUAACCGUUCCAAGGAUUUUUGUCCUUCAUUGUCUGAACAAUAUUCCAGGUGGUAUAUAUGAAAUUUGGAAGGAAUUUUAUAGUCAAAAGUUGGGAGACCAGUAUUCUCUGUUUCCACUUUUAGAAGUAGGCUAUGGCAGGUACCUUACUGUGUGCCUGUUUUGAAAACAAGUCGGAGAUGGGGGCAGGUAGGGGAACACCAUGGUGUGAUAUAUGAUACAAAGAGUCGUGUCGUUUCAUUAUAUUAUUAUUAUCUAUUCGUUUUUUAUGUCUUAAAACCAUCCUUGUCAAUGCAAAAGAGAGUGAUUUAAAUUCACAGUCUGAGAUUGUCUGGUUUUCAUGCCUGAAAUCUUGUUGUUGUAUCCAAAGGGUUAAAAGUGGGUGGGGAGGGGGCAUGUGCUUCGAAAUUCGUUCCCAGGCUUAGCGCAUUAUUCUAACGGUCUUUGUCGGGAGCGUGAUAUUCGCCAUCGCAGAGUAAAAAUGGAAUGUCUGCAAGCUGGGAGACAACGCGUUGUGUAUUUAAUUACAUAUAGUCGAGCGGAUGUUAAGUUUCCUUCUAAAGAAAGUUUUUCCAAUGCUGUAUUACAAGCUUGGCAGAAUUUUGGCGUUAGAUUUGUACAGUGGGUAACGUGUAUUGAGGCUCAUCACAACACAGAUAAUGCCGAAACUGGGCAGGAGAUGAAUCUAUACCAUUAUCAUAUGGCUAUCAAACUGGAAAAGAGGGUCCGGUGGUUUCAAGUACGAAAGUAUUUAGACGAGAACUUCGGGAUAAAGGUGAAUUUCAGCGAUAAUCACACCACCUACUACAGCGCGUACCGUUACGUCACGAAAGAAGACAAGGACGCUUUGCACUCGCCUUGCCAUCCAGAUUUAACGGACGUUCCUCCUCAAACCGAAUCUGCUGUGGCCACGAAAAAGAGGAAAGCGAAGGCUAAGCAACAGCGCCGUAAGUCUAAGAAAAGAGGAGGUGAUCGCCUGAGCACUUUUGACGUGUGUCAGCUGGUGCAAGCCAAAUCCAUAAGCUCACGCUUAGAGCUGGUGUCUUUAGUGGCGGCUCAAGUUAGAGAAGGGAAAACCGCGUUGGCCGAAUUUAUUGCCAACCGGGGAAGUAAAGCGGUCGAUGAAGCGAUUCAGUUAGCGAAGGAAUUUGCCGAGGCCGAAACACGUUUAAAUCGGUCUAAAAAAACCCGCAUUGAACUGCUAAAAGAGGAGCUGACCGGGGAGUGCAUUGAGGGUUGUGAAGGAAGAUGGCUUAGAGCUGCGGAAGAGUUACUCCAGCGCCACGAGAUCGAAAAGCGUUCAUUUUGCAAUGCAAUUUACAGUGCACUGGAAAAAGGUAGAGGGAAGUAUCGCAAUGUUUAUGUACAUGGUCCUGCAAAUUGCGGGAAAUCGUUUAUUGUAUCGCCACUAAAAGUUAUUUACCAGGCUUUCUCGAAUCCCGCCACGGGUUCAUUUGCCUGGAUAGGUGCUGAAGAGGCCGAGAUUAUAUAUCUUAAUGAUUUUCGGUGGCAUCCUAAGAUCAUCGCCUGGGCCGAUUUUCUGCAAGCUCUAGAAGGGGAUACAGUUCACUUACCGGCGCCCAAAAAUUUAUGUAGCAAAGAUAUUGAGCUAUCAAAAGAUACCCCGUUUUUUGCGACCUCGGAUGCCCCGUUGGUGCUAGUGAAAGGGGGUGCGAUCGACCGCGUGAAUACAGAAAUGAUGAGCUGCCGAUGGGUUUUUUUCAAUUUCUGGAAGCAAAUACCACAUGCAGAACAGGAGGAUAUUCCCCCGUGUAGAUUUUGCUUCGCAAAAUUUAUUUUGCGUGAUCUGCGUGGCUGAUGUGACCCCUUUUUACCUUGCGUGACUAGAACUUGACAUUCAAAAGACAACUGUUGUCACAGUUCUCACGUACAGUUCUCGGGCUAAAAAACUUUUUUUACGCUGUUUGGACGGCCCGUACAAUCCAGUUAUGUACUUGUCAUUAUUUUUGUUCGAGUUCCCCCUGUAAAUAUUGGUUUUAGAUAAGCAAUUAUACGCGGACAACGAUUUUGGCAACAGUUCUCGCCUUAAACUAAUAAAGAAAUGAAACGUUAACAAUCUCCUUUUAAAUGUUUAACCCGAGAACUGUUGUAAAUCGCAAAACCCAUGUGCUUUAUAUAUUACUUGUACAACAUUCAGUGGCAAUGAAACAUUUUAUUAAUGUUUUUAUACAGCUGGAUCAUAGAUCAAAAUUCUUUAGCGCGAUAUUUCACAUAAUGUAGCCGAGAACUGUGUCCGAGAAAUGUUAUAUGUUAAAAAAACACAGCGACUCAAUGUAACGCAAUUCUGUGCUCUUUUCCAAAAAAACAUUAUGAUUUAAUACAAGUGGCAACUAUUUUGUAAAGUUAAAAGUUCAUUCAUUCAUGAUUAUCAAUCAAAGUAGCUGUGGUUCGGAAAAAUGAGACUUCAUUGUUUUAGUAUAAGAAAAAUAGUAUGAAGGUGACAUUCAAUUGCGUGAUUAAUAUUUUAUUCUUUCGCCCUUAGAGGCGAGGAUAGCUGUAAUCCUUCGGUUCAUACUAGAGAUAGUUUUAUCUAUAGUUUCAACGGGAAUAUUCCCAAAUGCUUCCAAAACUCGAACGUUAAAUUCAUCAAAGGAUUCCCUCACAAUGUUUCUGGAGAUUGCCUCCUGAUCUAAGUAGCGCUUAACAAGAUGGAAAAUAUUCUCUAUGGGAUUCAGAUCUGGUGACCGGGGUGGGAUUUCAUGAAAGCUUCCCUCAAUAUCUUCAAGGGCGAGUUUCGCGGCCCGACUGGUCUGUGAGGGGUCGUUGUCCAUAACAAAUAAGCGUCGACCAUCUGCUUUUGGACCAGCUUUUGCAAAAGUAAGGUUGAAAUGUUCCCGAAUAAAUGUUGCAAAAAAUUCACCUGUCAUUUUCUCGUACGGUACUUUUAAGAUGACUCCUUUUCCGUAUGCUAUGGCGACGAUAACAUGCAAACGCAGUCCACCCGCUAAAUCUUUACAUCCUUUGGUUGUAAGUUGAAGCCCUUCCUCUCGUUUUCACCACACCCUGGCUCUGUUAGAGGCCGCACCACUUUUCGGGUUAUACUUGUGAACAAACGAUACCCCGUCUAAGUAAAAGGAAAUUUCAUUUUUCCAGAAAUCAGGAUUUCUGAUCAGCUCUUGCUUCAUCUUGCGUGCAAAUUGCAGUCGUACUUUUUUAUCAUUGUCACUAAGAAUCCCCUUUCUCCGAGCCGAAAAAUAAUAGUAUCCAAGUUCAUUCAAAUAGCGCGAAUACGUCCUCCUACUGGCCACUUGAAAACUAAGACCACUCUCUUCAACUAAACUUCUCACAGUAACGUGUACAUUAUUCCGUCUAAAAGACUUUAAGGUACGAAUCAGUAAACGCAUCUUUCUUUCGCUUACAUUUCGUGGUCUUCCCCGCUUCUUGUCACUUGGCAUCCUCGUCAAACUUCCAUGUUGAAACUCAUUACUGCAAAUUCGGUGCGCAGACGAUUUUGAUAUUCCACAUUCGUCAGCGAUUCUUCGGUAAGAAAAUUUACUGUAUGUUCUCAGGUACCAGGCAAAAGCCCUUUUCUCUGCUGCGAUUUGUUGGGUAAAAACCAUACUUGCGUGUACAUGCAAUUAUUCCCAAACCAGACGAAGAGUAAUUUUUCAUGGAAAGUUGAACAACGUCACACUCGAUACCGUUUUCGAACUCUGCUAAAGCUCGCGCAAACAUUACUUUUGGUCACGCCAUAUAUCCUUUCACAUUGUAAAUAACAAUUCCUUGUCUUAUUAUGGUGUUUUUUUUUCUAUUUUUCAAAACGUUAAUAGCACUUUUGUGCGUUAGGCAGUAUUCAGACAAUGGAGGACAAAAUUCUUAGGACAAUUAACACGAUCUGCCUUAAUUUUUCCCCCUUUCCCCCUCUCCCCUAAGCAAUGUUGUAGUUUGUGCACCCCUGUAGACUUUACCCAGUCCUAAAAGUGUUUCUUCAUCCCAACAUUGUUUGGAGGGGAGAGGGGAGGGCCAGUCGCGGUAUCCAAGUGGUUAGAAAAGUGUACAUUAUGCUACAUCUGAACAUUUUGAUAAGUUAAGGAUGUGGAAGGAAGGUUUUCCAUAACCGUUCCAAGGAUUUUUGUCCUCCAUUGUAGUUUGUACAUAGUUAUAUAUAGAGAGUUUUUCGCAUUUUUAUAGAAAUGUUUUUUGUUAUAAUUUCAAUUAGUAUUUAUUUUUUUGGAAUUUAUUUAUUCUUAGUUUUAAGUAAUUGUAACGCAAUUCAGUCUACGGACUGCCAUGUUCGAUAUUUUAAUAAACUAUCUAAAGUAUGAUAUCUAAACUAAACUUAUUUUUUUUUACCACAAUGCUUGUUUGAAACGAGAUGAAACUUGUUGGUGUAUACAAUUGUUGAAGCUUCUAUCUCAAAACGUGUCGAUUAUGUUCGAUUGCUAAAGUGUUCGAUUGUGUUCUACUGGGAAAAGUUUUCGGUGGGUUCGAUUACCGAACCCAAUCGAAGUCAAUCGAACGAUCGGAGUUCGAUUGGGUUCGAUUACCGACGUUCGAUUGACCACGCCUGGCGUAUGAAAGCCCAGCUCAAUUCUAAGAUAACGCCUGUGACGUGCCAUUUCAACGAGCGCUCAUGUCAAUUUCACGUUUUGCUAGUCGUCAAGGAGCAUCAGAAACCUUUAAAUUUGCCAGCUUAUUACUUACUAUAGGUUUCAAGUCCAGCAGUCCCAUAAGCAAAGUACACUCUCGGCCGCCAUAGUAGAUAAAGUCAGACUUACUUGAAGUCCUAGUUUGAACUCACAAACCUUUGUUCAUCCUUUUGGAAACACUAACGUCAGUUGCUCUGAUUUGUUGUUCGGACCAUUUUCUUCUUCUUUCUUGUCUUUCGGGUUCGUCCAAUUAUAGGCUUAAACUAAAAUAUUUUUGUGUCUUAAAGAACCCAGAGAGACCCCUGAAAUCCAAACCAGUAACCGCGAUAGUGAUGACGACGAUAGAGACUGUGGCAGCAACAAACCCAAAGGGCCGUCAGAAAACCCAGACCAGAUGCAACAAGAAACCAUCCAAGACAUAUCAAAGGAACCAUCAACCCGUAGGUAAGUAAUAGAACAAAUGUUCAGAAGCAUCAGUUGGAGAACCAACAGAAGCCUCUCCCAUGUGCUUUAGAUAAAUUUGAAUUACAACUGCAAUAUACUUUGAGCGCUUUAACAGACUAAGAGAACUACGACCUCGGAUAAAGCCUUUUGAGAUACAUCUAAAAAAUGUCUGUUUUCGCACUCAUCCCACAGGGGUUACACAAUCUGUUUGUGUAACUGUUUGUAAUUUUAUGGUGAACGUACUAGAUUUACCGUUUGCUUCACCUGUAGCGAUAUAUCGCUAAAUAAUUGCUUGAAUCAAUACCUUACCUAUGAUAAAUAGGCCAUUUGCUUGAUGGCGUCAUUUUACUACUAUGACCAGAAUCCUUUUCGUUUUUUCUUUCCUUUUUUAAAUUCGGUAAUCUCUGCGAGGUUUAUAUAAAAAAAGGCCUAAUUUGCAGAAGAAAAAAAAUCCUGAAGGAUUCUGGUGAUGGUAGUAAAAUGACGUCAUCGUGCAAAAGGCCUGUUGCCGUCCUUUGCCUCAAAAGUGGUAUUUUGAGCGAUUUAGAAGGAUUCCUCUCAGGAGGAAAUGGCGAGACUAUCGGGUAGAGUGACAAUGUUAAUAUACCACAUUUGGGCAAACACGGUACCCUUUGCAACAAAAACAACAACAAUUUAUAUUUCCUUAAUUCAAUUUUCACCAAAGUCACGGGCGCGCAGGUACCUAGUGCUAAUCUUGGCGGGCCAGUCAACUAACGUAUAAAGAAUAAUUCUAUUCUUUUAUGUAUAUGUUUGUCUAUAUAUGAAAGAUUAUACAAUGCAGAGAAAGAAUUAACUUUUCGUUCUCCUUUUGGAGUGAUUUUACCCUACCUCCCAUUACUACACAUCCGCGCGUUCUCAAGUUCCCGCGUCCUACUUAUAUGUGCGUUUUACUGCAAACACAUGGAAAGCAUGUUCCCCUUUCUGAACCAACGAACAAAAACAAUGUGUCUUAAUGCCUCUUUUACAGGGAGAAUUUUUGUCAAAUAAGCGAUUAAAGAAAAGACUCAACUUGCGCAGUUGCGAAAAGAAAUCCUGAAUAGAUUGGGGAUUGCCUAUGAGAUAACAAAAAUGAUAAUUUGUUAUACGGUUGAACAAUGUUAUAAAGUAUUUUACUAUAACAUUUGCUUUUUGUACCUUUAGGGGACCUGGCGAUUUGCCCGGAGACCUCGUGAGUGCUCUUUCUGGUUAUAGCUCAUUUCAAUCCAAAGAGGUGAGCAAGCAAAUUAAAGUUUGAACCAAAUGGCCCAUUUUCGACUUUCUGAGUUUGAUUGUACGCAAAAGCUUUGCCCAUGCAUCAGUCAAGAAAUCAUUUACAACAGGGAGCUUAAGCAACGACGAUGGCGACGGCAACGAGAACUGCAAAAAAGCAAUAGGGUUAGAUUGGCAAAACAACAAAUUUGCACGUGCACAUCACGCUUCUUGGUACAUUUCUUAGCCGUCGUUGCACGACUAGAACGUGAAACUUCCUAAUUUCACGUUUUGUCGAGGACGCGAACAGGAGGCAACAACUUUCUGGUUCUUUUCCUGCACUUUGAUACAGUCCUUUAGAAUUCAACGCCAAGAAGAUUUUCCAGCUUUUGACAAAUUAAACAAGAUGAAUAAGCGUGAUAAAGUUUGAGGCAGCCCGAAUUCACUUUUUAAGCGACUUUUUUGCAGCUGUCGCCGGCGUUGAUGCUUAACCUCCCUAAUACUUUUUUGACUCACCGGUAAAAUCUCUUUAUCUUUAACAGGUUACGCCACUGGAUCCUAAGUGCUCAGUAAAGGCAGAAGGUAACAAUUGCGUAAUAUUGAAUGUCAGUCUAAAGUACAAGGCUGUCUAGUUUAUUAGCUAAAUAAUCAAGGAUUUGAGGCGCACUUAACAAAAAUGUUUGAUGCGAAUUUCCACGUAGACGGCCAAAUUUGAAAAGGCAUUGAGCGCGAUUUGUCUUGUAGCCUGUGCCAGGCUCUCAGAUAGUAGGAACGUCGCGAGAACAAGGUCAAACUGGCGUGAACUAACAAACGGGUACCUCCAUUCUCCCCAGCCCUCCCCUCGACCCCGCGCUUUUCGCAUCAGUUUUCACGAACCUUGCACAUCGCUACACGUCACUAUCUUAGAGCUUGGAACAACAGGCUAUUUGUUGCCAGACAAGGAUGGCCGCGCCACAUCGUGGGCGAUAUUGGGAAACAUUAUACGUGUGUGGGAAACUGCCCACCUACCCCUCCCCUAAACCAGCAGUAACACUUACUUCUCACUUAGAGCAAAAUAUUGGCUUAGGGGUGGGGUAGGUGGGCAGUUUCCCAGAAACGUAUAAUCCGGUAUUUGCAUCCAUGUCCAAUACUCAGAGUCAUCACAUCUUGAAGUGGUAGGAGACGUAAAAAGUGAGUUGCUUUGGCCAAAAUGGUCAGAAGAGCGUUUAUCAGUGUAAUACUCUUGUACUGUUCGACUACACGAUCUUGUUGGUCUCUUAUUAUUCUCAAAGAUGAUUCGCCUGCAAGCGACACGGAUAAUUCACCAUGGACAGACAAGAAUGUUUUAUCCAGCAUCCUUACCAGCGAGGGUGGUGUAGUGGAUGGGGAAGGAGUCAGACUGGUUUACCCUCCAGGAGCUGUUGACGGUCCCGUGAAUGUAAACGUAACAUUUGAAGAUCCUUCCAAGUAUGAGGGAUUUCUUUUUCGAAAAGAUCUUGAAAAUGACGUCAUGUUUGGUGCACCCAUUAUCAAUCUUCAACCGAAUGGCUAUCUCUUCAAGAAGCCUGUCACUCUGACAACCAAGUUCGCAGUUCAGGAUGUAAAGUGUAGUGACGUUCUCGUUUUGCAUGGCACAGAUGCAAAUGACGGAAAGAUCACGUGGGAGGAUGUCACUAAAAACGCAAUAAUUGAUGAAAACGUCCAGGACGUGACUAUUGAAAUAGAACAUUUUUCACGAAUUGUGGUUUUGUUACUUAAAUACACUUGUACUCGCUCAGAAGACAUUUGCCCCCGUUUCAACUCGCUGGCAUUUCAUUACGAUUUGUUGGUGUUUAAGAAAAGCUGUACCUCUUCCGAGGAGGUGGAGAGGCAAGUUGAAGAGGAACUUGCCCUGCUAUUUGUGAGCCAAGACGUGCGUCACGAACAGUUUGACAAAGAGCAGGGAACUUCAGCUUUGGGCCAACUAGAAAAAGAACGGUUUGUAAAGCUACAUGUACAACGUUGCACUGAUGCCCAGCCAAUAAGGCGGAUCUACGACAGCGAAUUCCUUCAAGUAGAGAUUUACAUUGGGGAAGACUACGAGGUGGAAAAAAGUGCAGAAUUCAAUGUACAGUCUUCAAUUUGGUGGAACACUGGCGAGGUUGUCAGGCUUGCUCUUAAACCGAAUCAAGAUGUCAGAAGUCUGUGCGGGACGAUCACCGUACAAGGAAAACUAGGACACAUCAGCACUUGGCACUUUAGCGAAGAAGGUGAGUUUUUUAAAAAUGAUGUUUACGUACUCUGUAGCAAAAGCGACUCAAAAAAACAUCCGAGUCGCCCUACAGGAGUCGAACGUAUGACCUUCUGGUGUCUUUUCCGCGCCUCAGUUGUUCAAAAGGUGGAUAGCGCUAUCCACGGUAUAAAUUUGUAUUAUAUAAACUUCAAUGAAAUACCAAGUGAGCUUUCGCGCGAAAACUUGAUAUCCUCACAUGUGAAAAUAGCAUGUUAUCUUCACAUGUGAAAAUAUCACCGUUGCUAUGGCUUCAUAAUAAACCGCACCUUUCAGACCAAAAAACUACUUAAGUAAAAUGGUUUGGUAUUUCAUUGGUGUUGAUAUAAUAAAUAGAAUAUUACAUGGUCGCUUGGAGAUACGAAAUUUCUCCUCUCCUGUUGAAAAAAAUAUUUCACUCGUUCGCUGCGCUCACUCGUGAAAUAUUUUUCAUCAACACUCGAAGAGAAAUUUCAUAUCUCCGCGCGGCCGUGUAAAAUCUUGUAUAUAUCCAAUGGAUAACGAAAUUUGUUUUUUAAAAUAAAUUCUUAUCCACCGUAUUAUAUUAUCCGGUGGAUAGCGCCAUCCACCUUUUGAACAACUAGGACCAGAUGCUGUACUCCUGAGCUACAGGAGACUCGUGGCAGCUGGGGCCAUUAAACGAGCUUUAUUGGACAUACACUCUGCGUCCUACUAGUUCUGGAAUGCCAUUUUGGUUGCUGUAGGAUAAUUUACAUCCUAUUAUUAAUGAAGUAGUUUAGUUCCGUUUACGAUGACAACGACAAUAGAGAGAUUAAGCAACGCGUUUACGGCAAACGGCAAACGUGAGAUUCAAGUCGAGAAAUUUUCAAAAUUAGAAAUGAGCAGAUAAGAACGGCUUAAAACAAGUGAUAUGGAUAAAAUUGGCGAGAAUCUACCGAAUUUCGGGUAGUAAUAAUGAAAAGUAAACGAUACGUCAAUGGAAAACUCGGUCACGUGGUACAAAUUCUCACUAAUAACGGCAAUGAAGUGUUUUACAUUUAGUAAUUAGAGAGAGUAUUUAAGGUCACGUGUACGGUAAACGUGAAUUUGUACCAUGCACGUGCCCAAGUUUUCCCUUUAAAUUGUCCGUUACUGUUCUGUUUUUUUUGUCCACCCUAACAUUGGAAGCUUCACGUUAGUUUUGUCUAUAACGAUUGUUUUGGACUGAUUUAGCUGCACGUUUUCUAUUUUGAGAAAUUCUCAACUUCAAUCUGACUUGGCGUUGGCCGUAAACGUCAAUCUAGCAGGCGUCGAAAGGGGUAUGGAAGUAUAGAGAAAAAUGAAAGAAGGCUACUCUAAAUCUCUUUAUUAAUUGCUGAUUUGCCGUGGGCUGAUUGGGCCAAUGCCAGAAUUGCGUUAUUUUUAACAACCGAUUUCAAAAGCGCUAUCUUGAGUGGUAGAUCAUAGGAAGAGAAAGGGGCUUUUUCUUGCUCUUAGUACAGUAUUUACUUCGAGGCGGGAGAGUGCAUCACCUUUCCUUCACUUUUAAGCGCUCCUUCAGGAUGACAGAGAAAGGAUUAGCACAGUCGGUUAGCGCGCGGCCCUCUACGCGAAAAGUGCUGAGUUCGAUUCCCAGUGGGUGGGACCUCAAAUCUUUGUUUCGACUACUUUCCUUUUCGUGAACUGAGCACUGAUGGAGAGAGGGGGGUAAAAUUAGCGCAAUUUCGGCCUCAGGUUUCUCAGUCUAAUGAUUGCCAUCACGUGUUACUGGCAUAAAAUGAAGACCUUACCUUAAAUGUCGCAGUUACAUUUCAAGCUGACUCAUGUCGAAUUUUAGAGUUUUUUCCGUCUGCUCUUGAUAGGCAUGAAGAAAAAUCGAAUAUAAAUUGUAAGGACGUUGAAUUAUAGCGCGGUUAGCUUACUUACAUUUUUAUUCUUUUAGUUUCAGACCUCUGUGGCUAUGUAAGGAGCUUGCUUGGUGUAGAAGAAGCCAUUUUUAACUUGAUCCCCAUUGCUAGGUCGCUUGACAUGCCUGACGAGGUAUUGAAUAAAGUCACGAAGUGUUGGAAAGACGAAAGCAAGCAGCUGAACAUAAUUUUGGAUUACUGGUCGAAGACGGAUAAGAAUGCGGCAGAUGUUGAUGCUCUCAGAAGGAAUCUUGAGAGAUUGAAACAAGGUUUCUCUUGUUAAAUGUUUAAACCCCAUACCGUAUUUACUCGAAUAAGCGCCGCGGUGCUCAUUAUAGUGUUUCACGUCUCAAUUGCGGCGCUUAUUUGAGAGCGGCGUUAAUGUGAAAGAAUUGUAUUAACUACGGUAAUAUUAUUUUCCGUGUUAAACUAACAGAAUUAACGUCUUUUGAAAUUGAUUAUUACAGGUUCCCGGCGCUUAUUUGGGCUUUGCUGAUUAACUUUUUUCUCCCAAAUGCGCGCUGAAUCGGGGGUCUGGCUUUUUUGAGUGAAUACGGUAAAAGUUUUGGCUAACGUCAGUUAUUCUGUAGUUGUGGUUUAAGAGGUUCACCAUGACAAUUUCUGCUGACUAAAUUCAAAUCAUUUAUAUAUCCACGCCUCCUACAAAACCCUUGUAAAAUACUUGCUCAUCACAAAAAGUCACGGUUUUGUUCCUGUUAUGUAAGGUUAUGCACGACAAUUUCACUAAGAUCACUCUACUGAAAAUGUUAUUCAAGAAAGUUUUUAAAACUAACCUUUCUUACAAUUAUUUAUUUGAAAAGAUUCUCACGGUUGUCUGCCCAUUUUUAUUCCCCGGGAAACUUCAGGGUUAAGUCAGCCAGUUUGGGCUCGGGGAUUUGAAUACAUUUCUUUCGAUUUUUAUCUCGGGGACAGGGGGGUAAGGGACUGAGCAAACCAGCUGACAUAAUAAUGGUCUCUGUCAACGUGGCCGAGUCUAAGUAUUUUGAUGGAAAUGGCUUGUACUUGUGACCGACUAACAAGAGAAAAACCACACUGACGUGGGCUCCCUGUUUAAAUAUCUUCCUUGAUCCCUGAGGGUAAAUAAUCUGUAUUUGAGAGUAUAUGUAGAGUAUCCUGAAAGUUGUUAGUAAGACUUCUAACUAUGCUAAAUUACAGACAGAAAUAUCGUUAUAUAUAUUUGCAAGGCAUAACGCACGAAUCAUCUAUCAGUUUUGGGGGGUUUACGGUUCGUACUUUCAGCAGCUUAACUCCUCUACAAAUUUAAAUUGAGUGUUCAAGUUUUGAUUCCUCUCUUAGACCUAUUAAAAAAAUCUGUGAGUCUUAAAAUAGGAAAAUACUUAUAAAAUUUAACGUUUUCCCGCGAGUUUCGCUUGAUCAAAACUAACUUCCGUGUCGUUACAAUUCCAUCUUUUCAGCUGUAAAAAUGUUACAUCUUAUCUAUCUACAUGUACUGCAAAUUGCAAUUUCAGGAAAUUCUGUUGUGUGUUUUUUUCUUUUGGCAAAUAAUGUUGAUUUAUUAUUGUAAAAAUUACAUUUCUACAGACCACGCAAGUUACAAAGUUACUAAAAGAGGUCAGAUGCUUAUAAGGAAUUUGCGAGAACUUGCAACCAAGAAUUCUAAGGCCAGUUUAUUUUUUCGCUUUUGCUCUACUUUGCUGAGGGACCUGUGCAUUGAAAUGGAAAGCUCCGCUGAGGGCGUGGAAAGAGCAGCCUUUUCCACGAACAGUGCAAAUUAUUUUUUAGACAACCAUUCAAAUGACAAUCACCUAUCAAGUGCCAGUCGACGACCAAUACCACAAGAUGUCGCAUCGCAGUAUAGACAAGUGUUUUCGCUGCCUAAUGAACCCUGUCAUAAAACUCUCCUGGCUAUCACCCCAUACCUUAUUCAAAACAUCAAGGAAAUCUAUGUUGACUGCGAGAGUACGGAGCCACAAAAUGGUUUAAAGGGAUUGUCAACGGAAAAAAUUGGAUAUUUCCUGUCAGAGGUUCGAAAGGCGGAGCGCAGGGAAGAUUCCAAUGGUCUAGUUAGUUUGAUAUGCCGUGUUCUUGAAAAAUUGUGCAAGAAAAAUGUUAAGGAUCUAGCCUUAACAGAAAUUGAAGAGAUGAGCGAAUGUCUGGAAAUUCGUCAAAUGCUUAAGCCUUUGAAGCUUUUUUUUCAGCACAGCCAGCAAGACAUCAGGUUGCAUAUGAGAUUACUCCUUUUUUCUCGUCGCCUCAGGGAUACAUUGGCCCGGGACGGGGACAAAAUUGAUGCCUUUCCCCACCAUAAUGUUCGCAAUAUGUUGGUAAGCCUUAUUCAUUUCGCCAAGUAUGAUCCAUCAAAAAUUGUAAGAUUUGAGCUGACUGAUGUAGCAAAUUGCCCCUUGUCCUGCUCUCGUGAGAAGGUAACAUACAACAAGCGCGAAACUUCAUACAGUCAGAUGUUUCGCGUGAAAAAAGAGUCCGAGGAGGUACUUCAACUCCAUGCAGUCGCACUUGUUCAUAUCGAAGAAGACAAAGAAAGAAAAAAGAGAGAAAUAGAGCAGAGAGAGAAAAGAUCCUUCCAGUCAGAGAUCGUGUUACAUGCUUCCGGCGAAAGAGUGUUCGACAGAUGCUUGAAGCGUCAUCCCAACAUCGCUGUAUUGAAGCUGAAAGACAAAUGUUCUGGAAAUUUGCGUGUGAUCCUUUGUUCAAGGCAGCAAGAGAAACUCUUGAAGGUGAAAAUGGCCUUAGAACGAAAACUGCGUCUUAAAUUCAAAACGUCGAAAAUCACAUUGUGUGGCCUAAAAAUGGACUCCAUUGAACCCGGGACAGGAGCGUUUUUAAGCCUGCGACUUGUGUACAAAUGGGGCUCCGGAAGAGUUGUUCUUGACAGUAAGGACUUUGUAACUUUGGCCAAUUGCUCCGUUGGUGGCCCUGCAUUUUCAGGUGGGAUUUCUCAGUUAGUAUUUAACAAAUGAUUCUGCUCCACAUUAAUCUAAUGCUCCGUUUUAUUUUUUAAUUCACCAUUGCCAGUAAUGGCUGAUGUUUAAAAUUUGUAAAGCUCAUGCAUGCCUUGUGGAGAUACUUGUUUCCCUUGUUUCAAUUGUCUCAGAAAGUAAUUAACCUUGGGAAGCUUAUUAAGCAACGACGACGACGACGGCAAUAUCAAAGUCCCUGAAAAAAGUGAUUUUGAAUUUUUCCUGGUUCAAAAAGAGAAAGGAAAAUUCGUCGUUGCAUGUUCGCGUCCUCCAUGACUGUAAAGGGCAUGAGGAAGUUUUACGUCAAAGUCUUGCAAUGGACGUCAAGGAAAUGUACUAAAAAGGUUGAGGCAUGUGCAAAGCUGUUGUUUUACUCAUAAAACCAAUUGUUUUUGGCGUUGUCAUUGUGCUUACGCUGAACUUUCUCACGCUGUAAGGUCUACAAAAUUGUCGGUGGAGCAUAGGGCGAUUAUCCCAUCGUAAAUUAUCAGGGGUGAAGUGAAAAUUUCAGCAAGUAGCUAAUUAUAUUACUUGUGUGGUUUUUCUUACAGAACAAAUCAUCAAUCACUCUUUUUGCCUACUUGUUACCUACACUCAAGCCAAAAUAUUUCGAAUUAAAGAUCAGAUAAAUAAAAGAUACAGCGUUUUCGUGUACUAGUACGAAUAGACCGCCUGGUACCCCUGAGAAAUGGUUAGGCUACCGGUUAGAUGGGAUAUUGCCAGUAACCGCAUGCGGAAAACCAUUGUCGCCUUUCAUAUGACUACUGGCAAGCAUAUUCGCUUAUUUGUACCCUUUAUCUUUCCCAUGGUCUUGCGAUGUUGUAACUACUGCAAACUCAAAGGCAGUUCUUAUUUUUAUCUUAUAGAAACUGGUCAAGCAGCUGAAUCCUCAAUGAUGAAUCCAGUAUCAGACGAAGAGCGCGACGCGACACCCUCAGAUACUGACUCGUCCGGACAGCAGGAGAAACGAAGUAAGGAUACAGAAACUUUUAGUUCACUAGCCUGAUUUUCAGACGGUUCAAGGUCACUCGCUCUAAUUGCACCUCCUCUUUAAGUUGGAAUUCGUGUAAAUUUGAAGGGAAAAUUUCUGCAGUUACGGAACGUUUUACCAGAGCCCCUCUUAUCAUAAGCCCAGGAUGCAUUGAAUUCCUCUUUACUGAAUACAUCAAGUCACUGUAUCCUAAUUUUAAUUCGGAUUGGUUUAUUCUGAGAACAAGCUUUGUGUCCUGGAUGCCACGCUUCAUUUAGUCGAUGGUUUUAUUCGAACGGAUGUAUAUUCCACGCGUACAGCUAUCCCCUUUGGUCUAUUAUCAAUGCUGCGUUCUGAUUGGUUGAGCUAACACUAGGCUAUAUGUUAUAGCCCACUAGUAGCGAAAAGCGUGGACAUUUUGGCGGCAAAAAAGGAUUAAAGUCUAGCUUUAACUAGCUAAAAGUUUUUUAUUCUCGAUAUUUUUUACCAACUAGUUGGAUUUUACUAAAACAAUUAUUCCUCGAGCCCGUCUGAGUCAAUAGCCCAUGAGGCCGAAGGCCUCAUGGGCUAUUGACUCAGAGCCCAUUCGGGCUCAAGGAAUAAUAAAUAUUGUUAAAUAUCCUUCCCUUUCAAGCACCCAUCCUUCUAAGGGGGUCUUAAAGGCCAUCCAAUUUAGUGUUUAUCUGAAAUAGUUUCCCGUGAGUUUUCUCGAGUUCUUGAUUUACUUACACCUAAGGCUGAAAAUUCUAAGGCCUAGGCCAAACGUCGAGCUUUUCAUGAGACGAACCAAACUCUAAUUUGGAUCGACCUAAAUUAAGUUAAGAUCGUCUGUCGGGUCAGACGUCGAAGACGUCGAACUUGAGACGCGUUGAACCAACAAGGCAAGAAAUAGAGCACCGGAUUUUCACAAGAAAACAAUUUGCCAUCUCAUUCCCCCGUUUUGCGAUUGGCUGAAUGUUUCCCACUUAAAGUCAUUUUGUUCUUGCCUAGAAAACUGAAAAUUUAAAAGUGUAAAAGUGUAAAAGAGUUGAUUGAAAUGUUUACUUUGGAGAGCAAAACUAUACGUCGAAAACUGUACAUGUAACGGUAAAAUAUUUAGUCGUUUCUUUUCAUCAAGCUUCUACUUUGAACGGGCCGAUCACGCAAUCUGUCUGCGGCGAGGAUUUAAAGAAAAGGUUUUGAGCUUAAAAAUCGAACACGUUGACUUUUUUUACUCGUUUCUUCUACAGUUAAAACUUGAAAAUUUCUUGUCUUCUAAAUUCGAUUUUAGGACUACAUUACGGCUAUAUAGUAACGGCAGUAGGAGAAAAUAUAUUCCGUGUAAAAAAAUAAAAAAGUAACUGUUGGCAUUCUCGUCCCCAAAGCUACUCGUUUGUCUUAAAACUGAAUGCGCAUGAUCAGUCAUAAAUUUUCUCGGGAAAGAGGCUAAAUUUUUAAAAUAUACAUCAUCAUACAAAUUUUAAUUUAUUAAUAGCCUACGUUUGAUAUAUUAACAUUCUAACAUGACUCCAAGUCCCGUGGUCAUAUUUCUAUAUUUGGUUUGGUUUUCUUUGUACUCAAGUCUCUUCUGGAAAUAGUGGCGAUACAAUGGAGCAGUGAAAAAUUUGCAAUUUUGUUCGCAAAGCCUCGGAGUCAUGUUAGAAUUUUCAUAUAUCGAACGUGGGCUAGAUAAUUAAUGUUAUUCACCCCUAGAUAGAUACAUCUACAUUUUUGUAGGCCUUCUUAUCACAUUCACCAUUUCUUGUAUCUAAAUAAAGAUUGACUGAUUGAUUCAUUGAUUCAUUGAUUCACUGAUUGAUAACAGAAACUGCGUCUGUCACAGAUGAUACUGACCAACCAGAAGUCACUAUUCUUCAGCUUAAGAAUAAGGAUCUUCCUGGAACGUCAGAGCGUUUGGAUCAUCGCCGACUCCCAGUCGACAUUUUGUUACUGACAGUGGAGGAUUGGGAAUUUCUAAGCUGUCUUUCAGUUCUGAAUCCUGGUUUCGGUAAGUAUUCCCACGCCGAACUUGGCUACGCCGUGUACCUUGGAGAUAUGGGAGAUGACAUAAAGCUAAACAUCGCUGUCAUUAAGUGCGGUAAAGGAUCUGCUGUACUUGCUGUAGAAAAUGCUGUCAAAGUCUUGGGUCCGAAAGCAGUGUUUGCUGUGGGUUCUUGUAGUGGCUUAGACUGUGAAAACGUUAAACUUGGGGACGUAGUAGUUUUAGAUAGGCUAAUAACAUAUGGUCCUUCCAAAGUCACGGAGAAUGGCAUUGAAGAACUUGGUGUUAAAGUUCCAUUGAAGCAUCGUCUUUCAAAAUUGACAACAACUGCUGGUGGUGGCUGGAAGCCUCCUUUGAAAGACGCAAAAGUACUCGAGGUGAAGAUACAUCGCGGUGCCUUUUUGAGUGGACAAGAAGUGGUUGAUAGUCCUGAGCGAUGUCGUGCCCUCAUCAAAAGAUUUCGAGGAGCAGUUGCUAUAGAAGGAGAGGGUGAAGGUACGUUUCUUGUCUGGUUCAUAUGGUAACGGAGUCUUCGGGAGUUCAGUUAAUGUAUUUGAAGAAUGGCAUUCUAUUGUUACAGAACAGUUUUUUAGGAGACAUCUAGCUACAUCUCUGUAUAUUAGAUCAGAGAUGUCACGGUCAGGGAAAAACGAAAAUUUUUCAAGGUCAGGGAAACGUCAGGAAACUUUUUAAAAAGUCAGUGAAAAUCUUUGAUAUUGUCAAAGUCAGUGAAAAGUCAGGGAAUUCUGUUUUGCGGUUUAUAUAGUUCAUAAGUUUUCUUGAAGAUUUGGAAAUGCGUUUCCUUUCGGAAAAGAUGAAAAGUAUGCUGCAAAACAAGCAAAGCGAUCAAUUUGACACUCUACGCCUGACACAUGUAUUACUUGUGAUCAUUGGUUUUUAUUGUGAAUGCUUUCUUCCAAAUUCCUUCUUCCUCUUUCCGCAAAAAGCUGAAAGAGGAUGAAAAUGAAGAGAAACAUAUCGAUGGCCUUCAAAAACAGCAAAAGCAAAUGUAAAAAUUGAUUGUUUCUCAUUAAUAAAAAGUCAGUGAAAACUGUUUAUUAAAGGUCAGUGAAAAGUCAGGGAAAACUAAGGGAAUUUUUAACUUUUUGAUGAGUGGCAACCCCUGUAGAUUUCUCAACAAUCUAAACGUUGCUAUCGUGACACACUGGUCACUAUAUUUUCUCGGCCCCGGCGUUUUUUUUUUCAAACUUGACUCGGUGGACCCGGCAUUUGUUGAAUUUACAGACGAUAAGGACCGGUGGUUUUUCAAGAAAGGGAUUUUUAUUCCUUUCUCCUGACUGCUGGCUACCUAGCUUGCGUCGCAGCGUUUCGUCUGCGCCGCAGGCUACUGGCUACCUUGCCUCUAAAUCUUUGGUUUAUUAUUACACCACAAAUAACAAUCUGAGGGUCUCACUUUUUUAAAGACCCGCUGUUUAAUCGAGAAAAUACGACAUUGGGUUCUAUUCUAUUCACUGUGUCCCUUCUUGACCUGGCUCUUUCUACCGGCGUCUACAUGAGUCAGCGCUUAACUCCACUUCUCUCCUUUUCCCGAAAAAUUCAUUGUUAGGUGUUUAUGCAGCAGCGCAUGACCUAGACAUUGAGUGGAUUGUAAUUAAAGGAAUUUCAGGCUUCGCGGAUGGCAGAAAAAUUAAGGAUUCUUGGAGAACAUUCGCAAGUUUAAUGGCAGCUUCCCUUACAGCUCAUAUUCUCAGUGACACCAUCGCAUUUCAACACUUUCCACACUAUGGACGUUCAAGUGAGUGUUGGACAUUCAGGAAAUGUUCAUGUUUUAUCUUCCCAUGCCAUCUCCAGUUCUUUUAAUAAGGGCCCCAUCACCGUUUGGAAAUCUCUUCCUUUUCUGCAUUAAUUGUGGUUAUGACCGUCAUCUUUCACAAGUGUCUCGAAGCAAUGCAGCCAGAUAGGGAGUAAGGAUCUAGUACUGAAUGUUAACGUAUAUUGCAGAAAGGCACGUUCUUUGGUACUUUAAUCUUGUCAUACGAAAACCGCCUUGUCGCGGCUGCGGUCCGAGUGCGGUAGAUGACGCUCAUAAUCACAGCUGAUGCAGAAGGAACAGAAUUUCAAUGUGCAAUGGGCCCCUUAUUGUUUAUUAUACCUUAUAAUGGACUGAGAAUUCGUCAAAAACAGAAAUAAAUGCGACAAUUUCGCUUGCAUGAGUUUAAAAGCUGUUUUGUUCCAAAUGAUGCUCACAUCACUUCUAGAAAAAAAGAUAAUGAUAGUUUAUUCAGCCGAGAUCUCUGGACUGAGGUUGGCUACUGAUUCCGGUAUUUCUGUUUGUAUCGAAAUACAGUGGACUCCCGAUGACUCGAACGUUCAAGGGAAAUCGAAAACAGUUCGAGUUAUCGAGAUUUCGAAGCUAAAAAACCAGAAGUAAAGAAAUGGGAUUGGGGAGGAAUGCAAAGUGUCCUAUACAUUUCACUUGAAGGGCAGCAAGAGAUAUAUUGAUAUUUUGAAAAAGAAAUUUAGCAGCAAAGCCUUGAUAAAUCAGCACUGAAAACAGCGCUAAACAUUGCAUUUGAAUUGGACUGACAAAAAAGUAAAGAAUCUCAAAGAGAAGAAGAGGAACUCAAUGUUUUGGACUGCAGUUCACUGCGAUUUUUUUUUUAAUUUUCACGCCCUUAAAACACGUUUCGAGUUAUCGAGGGUAAAAUUGUUUAGAAAUGAUCUGAAGGAAAACAAAAAUUGCUUCGAGUUAGCGGGAGCUUCCAGUUAUCGAGGGUGCGAGUUACCGAGGGUAAAAUUACAGUAUAUGUAUGACGGAAAUCCAAGGAAAAUCGAUUUUGGUUCGAGUUAGCGAGGGUUCGAGUUAUUGGGAGUCGACUGUAAUCGAAAAGUAGAAAGAGUUCGAAAGAAAAAUAAUAAGAAUUAAGAGAGCGAACAUGAUCAGCACUGACACCGCUGUGUUAUCGACGUAGAAGACCCAAGGACCUAAACAACAGCGAGUCUGCAGCUUACGUUACAAGUCAGUAGUUCGCAGCAACUUUGCAUACAACUCACAGGUCCCUUCAAAGCUCGUCAAGCUCUCAAAGUUACCCUUCACAUAGAGAAGUUUCAGGGGCGAGCAACUAAAUUCAUUUUGUCUUUGCUGCACCGCUCCGAAGUCACAUAUAAGCAGAGACUUUUGAAAACUGGGCUACUUCCACAAUGUUAUUGGCACAAACUUCUAGAUUCGGUUUACGUCUUGAAAUUCUUAGUUAGUUUGUCGGAUCCUUUAAUUUUAGUGAAUAAAUCCCACUAGACCCAGGCGCACUGACUCCUCUGAAGGUACUCCGCUGCCUUCGCGAAGGAACAGAACAAUUUUUAAUGCAGAGCCCAGGGUCCUGGAACACUUUACCAUCCCAUCUUCGGAACAUAAACUGUUCAGUAGUAAAGAACGUUUUAAUUACUUGUUGUAUCUCACUGAGACUAUUUAUGAUGUCAACAACCCCCAAAGCGUGUGCGUAUCAAGUGCAUACACACUAGUCGGCUAUUGCCCAGCUUGCUAGUGAUCGCCGCAAUGUGUUGUUGGUUUUCUCUGAGUCUGGUUGUUAAUGUUUGAUAUUCUUCCGUUAAUAGCAUUUUUUCUGGACCUCGUAGUGGUUCUUUCUCUUUGAAUGUUGCAGUUCUUCUGGCAAAGUUUGUGAAUAAAUUAGUAAACAGAGAAAAACUGUAUAAGUUGGUGCAACUACCCCGAAUUAAUACGGCGUUGUGUGUAAUUCCAUUGUAUAUAACAGAAGUUUAUUAUUGUUUGUCUCCAAAAGGUAAAGCAAACAACAUGGAAGACAAUUCCAGCAUGAAGAGCUGUAACCAAGUGAGACAGAAAGAGAGUGAUACCCAACCAUGUCUAGGUGAGGAUCAUCAGUUAAAGUGGUUUAUAUUUGUUGCAAAUACGAGUAUACUUUAUUCAUGUGAGACAGGGUCGAAAAACUUUGUCAAUCGUGGUACGUUUCUCAUUUUUCCACGUCAGUAAUGUAGUAGAUGUGGAAAGCAGAAACCACAGUACAUGAAGAAAAACUGAACGUAAGGGGGGAAAUCAGUUUGACUGAAGGUACAGUGUCAUGAAAAAUGUUUGUCAUCCUUCCUGUGCGAUAUAAUCAGAUUUGGUUGCUGUUUUUGGAUGCCAGAAGUAAUAAAAUAGAGAGGCAUAAAAACGUGUUUACUUGUAUUGAACCUGUACGACACUUGUAUUUUUUAGAUUCAAAGUGAAUAUUGUUGCUCCUUCUUUUGUUCACAGGUGGGGUCAUUUACGAUGCCCUUCGACAAAUAUGCAUGAUGGAAGCAAUAAGAAAUGCUGGCAAAACUGAUCCUUCGCUGAAUUUGAAAAAAAUUGCUUAUGAAAAAGGCUUUGAAAUAUCCGACAAUCGGGGUGAAGGAAAUUGCAUGUUUUUUGCGAUCUCAGAACAGCUGGAGCUCAUACAAGGAGUAAAACUCUCUCAUAGAAAACUAAGGAAGAAAGUUGUCCGUUACUUGAAGGAGAAUCCUACACUGGUUAGUGGUUCCCUAGGGCCGGAUAGUUUCUUAUCUGCGAUCAGGCGUUUUUUAUUGUGAUUAAUAUUAUCAUUUUUUGAGAACAGAUAGACUACGAGCAGUCUCUCUUUUUUCUGUAGACCGUCGAGCAAAACGCGAGACACGCAAAUGGCCACGCGCGUGACUGAUGGCGCGAGACGGGAAAAGCUGCCGCCCUCGUUUUGCGCGUCUCGCGGCUUCGCCGCUCCCGCGCGCGUGCAUUGCUCUAACUAAAUCUGAAGAAAAAGAGAGACUGCUCGCAGUCUAGAGAAGAGGGGGAAAAACAGAGCCGAUACAUUUUUUUUUAUAAGUCGCCAACGGCUCCCCACCCGCCCCUCCCUUUAAAUACGCCGACAUCUGGUCGACCUGUUAUCAGGGCGAAAAAAACGUCUGCUACCAAAUGUUUUUGUACUCGGGGAAGUCAAAUCAACGGAAAGACUUGAUAGAGAUAUAGGGCUUGAGGGCAUGAUCGCAGGCUAAAUGCUUUGCUGUUGAUUCUAUCACCUAGUUAAGUUUGCUCGGCUAAAAUUUAAUGUUAACCAUACAGCGUGCUUUUAACUGCUUGUAAAAGCAUGCUAUGAAAUUCGAAAUGGUGCUAUGUAUUAGCAAUCCUUAUUGAGCUUUCCAAAGAUAAUGAAGCAAAUAACUGAAAUGGAACAUAACAAGGUUAAGAAUCCCAACUGGUAGGAGGCGAACUAGUUGGCUAUUUUACAAGCGUGGCCGAGGAUUUCUAUUCGGGACUACCGAGAACAAAUUCAGCCGGCGGCCAGGGCAGGACUUGAACCCAGGGCAUCCAGAUUACAAGUCCAGUGCUGUAACCGCGCGGCCACGCUGUUUUCUGUUAUCAGUGAGAUUCAGUGAGUUUGAAUGACUUGCUUUUGAUAGUAAUGUUCCCUUAGAUAUCAAGUGUUGUUCAUUGGGGCGGAGUCUUGAUACGGCGCCUAGCUCUGUUUGCUGACACAAUUAUGUCAAAUCCUUUGGGGAACAGACCUUUUCACGGUUUAUGACGCCAUCUUGGCUGCUGGGGGGGCAAACACGGCUAAAAUUACAUUGAAUGCAUGAAAUUUUGGCCCACUUGGAACCGCUAUAACGCCGCUACAAGGAGGCGGAUUUCCACAGCAAAAAUGUACUUUAAAAGACAUUUGUACUGAGUUUAUUUUCAUGAAGUAUAAGGAAGAGAUUCAGGUUAUGACGACCGUAAACGAAUUUUUAAGAUUUCAUACAAACCCUUCAAAUCAACAAUAUGCAAAUUACCAUGAAACUGGAAGCCACAUGAGAAGAUUUAUAAUUCGAAUUUACCGACGUCGUAGCUUCUUUAAUAGCUCUAUUUUCUGCUGAAUGAAUGAUAUCAAUGAAACUAUUUAAAGUAGAGGCAAAUGUUGGAAUCCGCCUCUUUUUAGCGGCGUUGUAGCGGUUCCAAGUGGGCCAAAAUCCCGUACAUUGACGGGACACGUCAUAAACCGUGAAAAGGUCUAUUUUAUAUAAUUAGAGUGAGCUCAUAGAACUAAAUGGAAAAACGUAGAUACACUAAGAACAUUAUAGAACAUUAUUCCAGCAAAGAUGAUUGCAGAACAACCAUCAUUAAAAGAGCAAAAAGAACUAGAGGGAACGGAGGGAAAAUGUUUCCCCUUUUUCACUUCUUACAGCGAGCAAGGAGACGUUGUUCCUCCCUUUCAAGAAAUGAGUAGAUAAAAAUGAGAGAAGCAUAUACUGAUAAUGGGUGCGUCAGCACUCUCUUGAAUCAAUAAAACAUUUAAAAUAGUAUUUUUCUUGUUAUAGCCGGAUGGGACCGAACUAUUCCAUUUUGUUGAAGGAUAUUCAUCUUGGGAUGACUACCUCAAAAGUAUGAAGGCCGAUGGUACAUGGGGUGAUCACGUGAUUCUCCAUGGGGCGGCAAACCGCUUUGAUACUUGCAUUCACGUGAUCAGCAGUCAGCGAGGUUAUCAUGAUGUAAUAAUUAACCCACAAUGUGAAGAUGCUGACCGUAAGCGGCUUGUACUGGGACACAUGUGUGAGCUUCACUAUGUUAGCCUUAUUCCACGCAAAGGUAGUUGACUACUUGCAUUGUAAUGUUAGUUACAAGGACACUUAAGAAAACAGAAGUUGUUGUUGUUGUUGUUUUGAAGUGGCAGCAUAUUAUGUCAAAUUUUUGUCGGCUGUUGGGAGCCAUGUUUCUAGUGCCGCGCUCUCUGACUUGUAAAAAUGAUGACAUUCAUUACUAACAACUUAUGCAGAAGGAAGAUAUCUCCAAAGCGUACCGAGGCCUUUUGUUAAAACUUAUGAUUUUCUUUAGCCCCAAAUAGAAGAGAAGUAAAUCUUUUCAAGCAAUUAAACUACAAAAAGUUGAUCUUCUUCCCAUUGUCACACUUGGUUUCGUUUUGUAUUGUUUAAAAAACGAGCAGGAGUGUAUUAUCAGGUUUAAAAACUCUCGGCUUCGCCUCGAGUUUUUAAACCUGAUAAUACAAGACUGCGAGUUUUUUAAACGGCUUCAAAAUCUCUGAUAUAGAUCAACUCAUUAUUGCACUAAUAUUUAGAUUUGGGGUUAUUUUGGUCCAAAACAGUAGACGUAAAGUUUAGCCAUGUCUUUAUCAGAUAUAAAGGCACUCAUUAAACAUUAAUUUCUCUUGUCUUUUUUCCUUAUGAAUUAUUAAUGAAUUAUUAAAUUUCAUCGCGUUACACAUUAAAGCAAACGACUCAUAAAAAACAACUCUAGGUUAUUAAUACAUUAUUACUUUUUAAACGUAAGUACAGCGAAGCGCCAGAAACGCAGAUUACAAACGGAUGAAGAUGAUGCCCAUUUGGAUUGGGGUAAGGAUCAAGUGAUGAUUAAGUAAUGUUAAGUCUGUUAGUUUUAUCUGUUAAUAGUUUAACCGCCCUGAACGCCCUGCCGCAGCCACGGCCGGACGACCACCGGCGUUUCACUCAGCGUGAGAGAUGACGUUCUUAAAUAACAAUUGAAAAGUCAGUGAGAUACGGACCUGACGAAUCAUUGAAAAAACUGUAAUUGCUGCAACUUCGCUUUCAUUGUACGGCGCUGCAGUUUUCCUUUUCGUAAACGGUCGAUGCCAUUUUUAAGACACGUAGAAACUUUUUUACUUGUUAUUGAGAGUGUUUCUAUUAAAAAGAAAGGAAAUCGCGCAAGCCAAGGUGAAACCCGGACCUCGAACCCGGAACUUCCGUAGAGGGUCUGAAUGGGGGUACAUCGAUAACACUAAACACUUCAUUUUUGGCUUUGUAACAUGAAACAAUUUAAUUUUAGGCAUUUUAACACUAACAGUAAAAAAUUCUUUAAAACGGUAAGUUUUUUUCCAGAAAGAAGAAAAAACGGCUCCAAAAAGGCCAAUAUUAUUUUGUUUCGUAUAUCAAGGAGUUUUCGGCCGUUUUACUACAACUUUUAUUUCAGAUUUCCGAAGGCUACCGAAGAUUUCCGAAGACUGCCGAAAUUUUACGAAGACUAACUAAGAGGUCCGACCAUUGCCGAAGAUGUCCAAAGAACCCUCCAAACACUUAACAGUACUUUCUUCGGAAACAGUGAACAUUAAAAAAUUGGCCAAUUUAACAGCAAACACUAAGAAUUGUGGGCAAAUAACACCAAACACUACACCCCAUUCAGACCCUCUCCGUAUCCUUAACUCUCUCCCGUACCACCAACUCGCCAAAAUUCCAUACACUAGCAAACUGUCUUUCUUAACUGUUACAUUAAUAACAGGUAGGCGUAGCCUUUUCCGUAACUUUUAGCGAAAAUUCAACUUGGGCUUCCACGGCGUUCUUUCUAACACUAUUCUAAAACGUGUUAUUUGCUUUAUUGUAACUUAAUCCAGGGAAUAUAUUACAUCUAUGAUGACCAAAGUCUUGGUUACCAAUGGUAGCAUCGACCGUUAAAAAUGGCAAAGACCGUUUACGAAAAGAAAAUAGGCUACGGCGUCGUGUGAAUUCCAAUGUUUAUAGAAAGUAUUUGUUAUUUUUUGUCUUCUGAAGGUGGCGAGAAAAAGAAGAAACACAAAUCAGGCGCGAAGAGAUGCAAGCAGUGAGGCAGAGACAGAAUGGUACCCAGUAAAAAUGGCGGGGAUUGAAAGAAGUAAAUAGUUUUAUAUUUUUCUAAAGAUUUACGCAUAAAUUAAUAUCCAUAUUUGACAGAGUCGAAAAAGUUUGGAGUUUUUUGUGAGUGUUUGCAUUUUCCCACAUUGCCAGUUGUGAAAAAUGUAAAACAUGUAAAAGACGAAACUUUUUCUUUUACAAUGAACUGAUAAUAAUGAUAAUGACGUUUAUUAUUGGGAUGUUUCUUAGCAAACUGUAAAGCUUUUUGCAAAAUGUAAUGAUAAAUUAGAUGUUCACGGCAUAUAAUUUAUUGGAAAAGGAACAGUCAGGAUAGUAAUGUACUCUAUUUUUAGUUCAAUUAUAACCACUAAUUUUUUUAAAGAAGUUUGUCCUGUAUCAGGAUAUUUAUUACGAAUCUUUGUACAUAUUAUUUAUUUCGUAAUUGGGAUGUUUCUUAUAAAAACUGUAGAGCUUUUGGCCAAAUAUUUGUAUAAAAAUGAAAACUGUAUAAAUUUUACUGGAAAAGUUACGUUCACGUUAGUUAAACGAAUUACAGCCUUUAGUUAGAACUUUUUUUAUAUGGAAUCUAUCCUGUAUCCUGUAUAUAUGUAUAUUUAUUUCGUCUUUGGAGUGUUUCCUCUCAAAUUGUAGCGAUUUUAGCUAAAAAUGUUCAAAACAGUGUUCCGUCAGAAUUUAUUGUCUGUAUGGAAACUGCCCGUGUGAAGUUGUUUCUCGUCAGCCUCUUUAUUAUAUUUUUCAGUUUAAAAUACUGUUGAUUUGAAGUUUUGAGUUCUUUUCUGUCAGGCGAUGUUCCUGACCUGACACGUUAAAAUUUAUCUCAUUCCCUAAAUGUCAUUCAUGUCUCAGUGAAAGAACCUUACUUUCCAAUCUGAAAAAAUAUCUUCCGUUUAAUGAUGUUCUAUAAGAAUUUAUCCAUAAGGAAUAGCUAUAAUAAUUGUCUUUCUCUCGAUGUCCAUUAGGCCCCAUCCACACGUAUCCGGAUAUUUUUUAAUCCGCAACUUUUUCUUUCCGGAUACGGCUUUCGUCCACACGUAUCCGGUGAAUCCGGCAGACAAAUCCGCAACUUUUUGAAUGCGCUUUAAAUUUAUAUCCGGUAACGGUUAUUAGUCACUGCUAAUGAACAGCACGUGCAACAAUUUUACCAACUGAAUCUGAAUCCAGACAUCAAACUUAAUUUUUGGAAGAAAAUCAAACAUGCAUACAGGCAGGUAUAAUCUCUCUACUAAACAAGUUAACAUUGGUAGUGAAUUGAAACGGUAGUAUUCUGAAUACAUCACUAGAUAUAUACAGAUAUAUAUGCUUAAGGCAUCUGAAUGGGCUCAGACCCUGAUACGAAUAAAUAAAGGUCUCUCUCUCUUUCACGAAACACGCUGACGGCGGUUAUAACCCACUGCUAAUGAAUACUGCAACAAAUUUAUUCUAGAACCUGGAUGGGAAUCAAGAGGGCCACCUUAAUUUUUUUUUUAAUAAUAUGUAAACAGAGAGGUAUGAAUAAUCACAUCUGUAUCACUUACAUCAAAGCUAACACUGGUGAUAAAUUUUAAUCGUAGCAUUUUGAAUACACAUCACUUCAUAAUGAAGUAAUUACGUACUAUUCUUAACUUAUGAUUAUCGUAUUGUCAAUCAUAAUUUGCUCGUCAGGGGACGGAAGUUGCAUUUUUGUUCAAAGUGAGAAACUUAAUCUUCAUAGGGGAGCGAGUACAUGAACGAUCAGAGUAAUGUUACUAAAAACACUCUGAACUGUUAUUGGUCACUCCUAAUGAACAGUGAACUACCAACGUCACCCUCUGGGUCUUCUCGAAGUCAAUAUGGUGACGGUAGGAGAGAAGACCCUCGCACACAGCCAAACUCAAACAAUCGCUGAUUGGUUCUCUCUAAAUUUUAAGUUUCAUUCUUACAUGGACGUCGAUUGGUCGACACCUCUUCAGAGUUCUUUUUCGACAGUUGCUCGCCAAAUAAAUUGCAAAUUGCAAUUCCUGUACGCAUGAAACUCAAACUAGUGUGUCCAUCAAUGUACUUUGAAACCAGUUCCAAACCGCUGCCAUUUGGGUGUUCAGUGGUGAAAGCUUCGAGAACAACUUGCAAUGGUGAUGCCAAAAUAAAAUGAUGAUAUUGAUGCUCUAGUAAACCGAAGAGAAGUUCAAGACCUUUGAGCAGGAUGUGGUUGUUUUCUGCUGCAAAACGCCUUGUCCCCUGUUGGAUGCACAAGCACCUUUUAAAGCUUUUCGAUUUGGUCGCCAUGGCUACAGUGACGAGGUGCCCCACUUUGAAAUUGAACGACGCAACUUAGGAUACUUGAGGUGGUCAUAA